AAUUCAGAAAAAUUUCGGAAGUCGACGUUGUCCAGCGAAUAUGAUAAUCGCUUCAUUUGCCCUUGCUGUUGCCGUCCUUCCGGCCGUCGCAAUCUUCUGUGGAGGAAAGAAAGGAGGACCGAAAGGAGAGAAGAAAGAUUCAGUGUACGAGGAUCUAGCUGCAGGAGAUAAGAAGUAGUUGGAAAAGAAGUAGAACCACCAAUCAACAAAAGACGUCUUCAAUGCUUUUCAUCGUCUUCUUCUAAAGAAGACCCCCUCGAGUAAUUUUGUGCUUAUUUCACAUAAACUCUCUGAAUAACAAUUUGAGUUUUA